CUCGAGGACAGGCCGCUGCGCAUCGGCGUCCUCAGCGACUGGCCGACUGGCGCUCCGCAGUCGCUGCACGUGCUGCACGAGCUGAAGAAGCAGGCGCCCGACAUCGUGAUCCACUUGGGCGACACGUACUACUCUGGCACAAGGGCGGAGCAGGAGGCGUUUCUGCACGACCCGAUCAAGGCGGUCCUCGGCGAAGCCAUCCCGGUGUACCUUGUGCCCGGCAAUCACGACUACUACGGCGGCGGCGGGGAGGGCUUCUACCACGUGCUCGACGAGUUUGGCGUGCAGCCGGCCUCCUACUUCACGCUGCGCGGCGCCGGCGUGCAGAUCGUCGCGGUGGACACGGGGCUGCUCAACAACCAGGACUACUCGCCGACGAUGAUGCCCUUCCUGCCCGACGACCAGAUCGACUGGGCGCUGCACCAGAUCGAGGUAGGCAGGCAGGCCGGGCUCAAGACCAUCUUCAUGAGCCACCACCAGUUCUUCUCGCGCGCCGAGAGCGUCGGCGUCGCCAACAACGCCUUUGGCGAGGCGCGGGGAGAAGGCUCGACUGCCAUGGACCGCCGCCGCUCACGCCUGCUCCUGUGUGCAGGCGAGGCGCUCACGGGGCCCGACCGGAUCCCGGGCCCGCUCAACGUGUACCAGACGAGCGAGUACAGCAUCGGCUCCACGGAGCUCGCCGGAGGGCUGAGCAACGACCAGCCGCCAGCGGCAAACACGCGGCUGCUGAACCAGUUCCCUCCCGACGUCCGCGAGUACGUCUCCGCCUUUUACUGGGGCCACGAGCACUCGACGUCCAUCUUUGACCGAUAUGUCAACAUCACGCGCGGGCGGUGCAUUGGCAACAGCGGCAUCGCCUUCACCACGGACGUCGACCAGUACGCCGUGAACGGCGAGACCGUGUCGGCCCCGUUUGGCGGCCCGCCGCCGCUCCUGCCAAAGGAGAAGGGCGGGUGCGCGCGCGACGGCUGCCGCACCGGCCAAGGCAACACCUUUUGGAACCUCGGCUUCGUGACGUUGGACAUCGACGCCGGCGCUCAGCCCAAGAUCCUUGCCAAGCACUGGGAGGUGCAGCAGGACCAGUCGUACGACUUGGACGCCCUCGGCUCCGUCUACCUGAACGCCAAAGUCUACUUUGAGGAGGAGUACUGAGAGGCGCGCGGCGCGCGAGGGAGGGUAAACGCCGGACGCGGUUGCAGAAACGGCCCGGCUUCGAAGAAGGCCACUGUCUCCGUGUGUGUGGUGGUGUGUGUAUGCGUAACGACGCUGCUAGAGAUGCCUAUCGGGGCCCAGAGAUGUACUUCUGAUGCCAGGCGUGACCUAGUUAGUGUCCCCAGCUAUGGGCGUGUCCACGUUGAAGCCAGGUGUGGUGUGGACGCUAGAAUUGCUCCGCCAUUGGCAUGGAGGCC